AUGAGUAAAAAAGAAGCUCGAGAAAUCCCCUGGAAUCAAGUAAAAAUUCCUAUUUUAAUCCUUUUAUCAACAAGUAUAAAUACUGCUGUAAAUCAUAAUUAGUUUACAAUACCAAUUUCAGGGUUUUUUGUACUUGAAACAAAGAGUGUAGAUAGUUUACAGGACAUCGGCUACUAUUCAGGACUGCUAACUUUUGCAUUUUGCUUACUCUUGCAUAAAAUUGGAACAAAAUAUUAGUAAGAUUCCCUUUGACCCCUUUAAAUUAGAGCGAAAUUUGUUUUCAAUAGCAACAAUUUAUAGGUAAAAAUUCCAAUUUUUAUAUAGUUAGUGACACUGACUAUAAAUUAGUUUUGACCUAAUUCAAUUAACCAAACGCAAUUAGAAUAUUAUUUUAAAGAGUUUUUCACAUUGAAUCGAUUAAUAUCUAUAAAAUAAAUUAAAUUCAAAAUAUUGUGUUCAAUAUAAUUUUAAUUAUACAAAUUUUUUUUUUAAAAAAUUACUCUCUUUUAAAUUGGAACAGAUUUGUGUUCCAAUUUUAAAAGAGUAGUUAGGCAAAUUUAUUUCAUGAAGAUUUAUAAGCUGGGCCUCUCUACAAUGCGGGCACCGCUUCUUGGCAUCAUUACUACUAUUUUUUUCAGUAUUUUUAACAAUGCUCUUUGGAUUAUGCACUUCCCUGAUAUCAGGAAUAGCUAUUAGAUUUUUUGCUGGAAUCUGCUCAGUCCCUCAACUAAUAAGCAAAAUCUUAUUGAGACAACUUUCCCAGCCUUGUAUGGAAAAGUUUUAUCAAGUUACUUAUGUUGCAGUUAUUGUACAGACCAUAGGGUUCGGGAUUGGAAUUAUUAUUGGUGGCACAACUUCUUAUAUAAAAAUCAACGAAGGCGCACAAAUAGGAGAUUUUAUUAACACACAUCCUUUUCUAAUCCCAUCAUUUAUUAUUGGGCUUGUUCAGUUUUUUACAUUUAUAUGGGUUUUAUCUCAAAUUGCAGACAAUCCUGCACCCAUUUCUCAGCCCAAAAGUAAACCAAAGCCUACUACGAAGCCCAUAAAAGAUCAAGUAAAACCUGGAAAAUAUAUAGAGCUUGAAGAGACGAAAAAGAAUGAAGAAGGAAAAGAUGAAGGCCCAAUAACAGAGAGAAAAGAAAACCAAAGUGAAGAAGAUGAAGAAGAACUCCCAAGCUAUCUCCAAGCAUCAGGGAUGGAUUUAAUACUUGCUGAUUCUGAAGAGCCUAAAACGUCAAGUAGAAAUGAAAUCCAGUAUUUUUCUCCAAGGUAUCCAGUAAAAAAUAUUGAUUAUAAAAAAUGACCAAUGAGUGCGAGAGGAGAAGUCGGGAAAGUUUUCCAUAUUGAUAUAGCGCAUCCACACCAAUGGAUCGCUAUCUUUCCGAUGUUUCAUGAGAUGAUCUGAGGUUUAGUUUUAUCGACAAUUGUUGUCGAAAUCAAUUUUUAAAUGGCAAAUCUGGAUUAUCUGAUGAUUUUUUUAUUUUAAGGGUUGGCUUCACUAGCUCUCGAUCGUCUCAGAAGAUGUCGGAAAGAUAGUGAUCCAUUGGCGUAGAUAUGCUAUAAUGAAGGUGAAGAAGAACUGGCUAGAGAAAGUGAUGAGCCAGAAAAUAGCGAGCCAGAGCGUGCAGGAAAUAUUCAAAAUGUUAAACAUACUCACAUUUCUUUUGUGGAAGAAGAUUUUGAUGAGCCUACUGAAGGAGAUUUGCAGCCUCCAGCACAGAAUUUUAUCCUUGAAGACCCAUUCAAGAGAAACUAUAAGCAUUUUUAUGAAGAAAAAGCAGUGAUUUAUGCUUUGGUGCAUUUGGCUAUCUUUUCACUUUGCUUUGCAAGUAUAGAAGAGUUUUUUAUAGCAUGAUUUAUGAUACAAUUUGAUAUGAAAAACAUUGAGAUAGCAGUGAUUCUAAGCGUUUCAUAUUUAUUUGGAUAUGCCCUUCAUAUUUAUAUAAUGCCAAAGCUGCUAGACUCAGUACCUUUAUGGAAGACGAUAAGAAUAGUUUCUUAUAUGCUGAUAGGUCUUUCAAUGUUUUUCGUCCCUAUAAAUUAUUUUACUGAGCCUAUCUUGAUUUUUAUGAUGCUAGUAGCCGUCAUAACGCUAUUUAAGUUUUCGUCCUGCAUCCUGCUUACAUCCUCAAGGCUAUUUAUUAGUGAUUCUGUAAAUAUUCAUGACAGAGAAUCUCUAGAAGUUUAUGCUGAUGAGCUUGAACUUGCUUUUAAAAUAUUCGGAAGCUUUGUUGGACCUUUAUUGCUCUCAGCAUUUGCUGGCAUGCCAAUUCCUCUCACUAUAGUCCUUUGUGCAUUUUUGAUCUUAAUUUCUUGGCUAUUGACGCUUUUAAGCUUCAACCAUUUCCCAAGAUUCAAUGUAUACCCUUAUAGGGUAUAA